UCAUGCAUUUGUUAUGAUAGGAAUGUGGAAUUUGUGUAUUCUAUGAAAAUUAUAGAAUUUGGAAUAAGUACAUUUAAAAAAAAUCAUAAUUUGACAUCGCAUAAUAUACGUUUUAAACUGGAUUCUUUAUUUAUCCAUGAAUUUGAUUGUGUAGAAGACAGUCUAUAAACUGUUCGGAUAGUUUAAAACACCAUGUUAAUACUGUGUCUAAUGACUUUCAUGGUUUCCUCUGUGAAGUGUGAGACGGAGGUAAAUAUAGCGCUCCUGCUACCAAACGACACGCGAUACCCUUUUUCUUCAGGUAAACUGCUUCCGGCACUAGAAAUGGGAAUUGCGCAUGUCCAGAAUACUUUACUUCCCGAUGUCAAGUUUAACGUCAGGUAUGCAGACACCAAAUUUGACAUGAAUAUUGGAGUGAUCAAAGGCAACAACUUUCAUCAGAUGGGAACUGUCCACGCCUUUUUUGGUCCUGUGUGUGACUACGCCGUCGCCCAACUUGCUAGAAUGGCCCAAAACUGGAAUAUCCCACUCGUUUCUGUAGGAGCAAUGGCGUCUGAUUUCCUUGAAUAUAGGAGACAGGAUUACUCCUCUUUAAUACGUGCUGGCCCUGUGAAUUUUAACAAUGUUGCCGAGUAUGUAACACAUUUAAUUAACUAUUUUUCUUGGAGAAAAUUGAAAAUUAUUUCUGAAGGAAAAGGACAGGAUUUGUAUGAAAAUUAUUGUCACUUUUUGAGUAAAGCCGUCGACGAUUAUCUGAACUCGGACAACUCAAAUAUAACUAGUGAUUACUUCAAAUUAGAUACGGAAGUCGAUCUUGAUGAUUUACUUGUGAAUGAGAUCGAAAAUGCUUAUGGAGUUGUGUUGCUGUGUGCCUCGGCAGAUACUGUAAGGGACAUCAUGAUUAAAGCCGAGGAACUCAAUUUUGAUAAUGGUGAAUAUGUCUUCCUCAACAUUGACUUAUUUAGCAGUAAAGGGGAGAGUGAAAAACCCUGGUACAGGGGGAAGGACACGACGGAGCGGAACCGAAAGGCUAAGAGAGCUUAUGAGGCCCUGAUGACGAUUACUGUACGGAAACCUACAAGCUUUGCUUACAGACGCUUCUCUGAUCUUGUAAAAAGUCGAGCUGGAUACCGCAGCUUCGGCGACGAGGAGGUGAACAGUUUUGUAGGUGCCUUUCACGACUCUGUGAUACUGUAUGCUCUCGCCCUAAAUGAGACUCUUGCCAGCAACGGCUCUAUAUCGAAUGGGACAGAAAUUAUUCAAAGGAUGUCCAACAGAACAUUUCAGGGUAUUACAGGUACCGUCAGCAUUGACAUUAAUGGAGACAGAACUUCCGACUUUUCUCUUCUAGACAUGAACCCGAUGUCAGGAAAUUUUGAGGUGGUGGCUAAUUUCUUUGGCAACGUUAAAAAAUAUAUGCCGAUCCCAUCUAAGAAGAUUCAUUGGGCCGGAAACAGAACAUCAGUGCCACCAGAUACACCUAAUUGUGGAUUUGACGGUGCUAAAUGUCUACCUAAAACAUAUGUCCCAGGAACUUCAGAUGCUUCUAAAACUGCUGCAAAUGGCUCUGGAACUACUGUCCAAAGUACUCUGACCAUGCUUUUAGGAACUCUAAUUCCUUCACUCAGACUAAUGAUGCCACAAGACCUGGACAGAAAUAGCGUGUCCUAGACGGCUCAAUAUAAUCGGAAACAAAACUAUUCUAUCUGUGUUCAUUCUAAUUUUUUUACUAUAAUAAUAAACAAAAACCGUUUUCGGACAGAAA